CUGAAAUGUGCUGUACAAAUAAAAUUUGAUUGAUUGAUUGAUAAAAACACAGCUAGAUGCAAAGCGUGGCUGGAAAUUAAGCGCAUGUCUGCAGUGUGAAAUAUCUUGCUGACCAGGUUCUGGGAUGAAUAAAAUACCUGAUAAAUCAUUUCAAAAAUAUUUUGUGUGGACGCGCAGACAGAACGUGUUUCAGUUCGCGGCUCUCUUGGACUCAGAGGUUGACCAUGAAAUCUAACUUUAGUCCACUUCCCUCAUCCCUCCGCUGGUUCCUGCCACCCUCCACACCCGCCGCCCUGACAGUAACACCGGACUGCGACUUUUCCCGUUUUCUUAAAUCCAAGACUUGACAUGAGAGGAUCUUAGACAGAUAAAAAAAAAAAGUUUUACAAGGAAACUAAAGCUAAAAUCUAACAGAAAGGUAGAAAUGGUAGUAAAAUCCACGGAUAUUAAAUCAGUCAAAACAACAUUUUAGGUAAUGACGUGAUAAAAGAAGCAGGUUUUAGUUUCGUUUUGACAACCUGACAGGUUCAUGUCGCCAGGAUUUAGGUGACGUCGAUGUUCGGAUAUUUUUUUCCAUUGGUUCAGAUUUAUGUUUACAGCCGUUUCAACUGUUUCUGUGUGAAUCAACAAAGCAGGACAGUUGAUGUCCUGACGGACAAAAUGACAAAUUUUGUCCUUUUGCUAAUUCUGGGAAUCCACACCACUGCAGCUGUGACCCACUCUCUGAAGUAUUUCUACACUGCGUCCACUCAAGUCCCAGGCUUCCCAGAGUUUGUGGUUGUUGCGUUGGUUGAUGAUGUUCAGAUUGCUUAUUAUGACAGUGUGAUUAAGAGAGCAGAGCCCAAACAGGACUGGAUGAGGGAGAUCACUGACCAGCAGUACUGGGAGAGAGAGACUGGAAACUUUCUGGGUAACCAGCAGAUCUUCAAAGCCAACAUUGAAAUCUUAAAGCAGCGCUUCAACCAAACUGGAGGAGUUCACGUUGUUCAGCACAUGUAUGGCUGUGAGUGGGAUGAUGAGACUGCAGAGGUCAAAGGUUAUGAUCAGUUUGGUUAGGAUGGAGAAGAUUUCAUUGCCCUGAGCCUGGAGACAAAAUCCUGGAUCGCUCCAACCCGACAAGCUGUCAUCACCAAACAAAAAUGGGAUCGUAAUGUAGCUUUUGUAAAGAACGAGGAGAACUACUUAACUGAGAAUUGUCCUGAGUGGAUGAAGAAAUAUGUGAACUGUGGGAGAAACUCCCUGAUGAGAACAGAACGUCCAUCAGUUUCUCUCCUCCAGAAAUCUUCAUCCCCUCCAGUCAGUUGCCACGCUACAGGUUUCUAUCCUAACAGAGCAGAAAUGUUCUGGAGGAAAGAUGGAGAGGAGAUUCAUGAUGGUGUGGAAAAAGGAGAGAUUCUCUCUAACAAUGAUGGGACCUUCCAGAUGAGUAUCAACAUUUAUCUUUCAUCUGUUCCACCUGAAGCCUGGCCCAGGUACGAAUGUGUGUUUCUGCUUUCUGGAGUCGAGAGAGACGUCAUCAGACUGGAGAAAACAAGAAUCAGGAACAAUGAAUUGAAAAGCAUCUCAACAGUAAAUAGCAACACUAUGACCAUCCUUGUUGCUGUUGCCGUGGUUUUCCUUGGUCUCGUUGUCAUUAUUGGAUUCAUUCUUUACAAGAAGAUUAAAGGUUCUGAAGACACCAAGACGUCACCAUCAUGCCCAGAAGCUUCAUCUCUAGAUAGUAAAAGUUCAGACGACAGCCAAGGCAAACCUCUGGUGUAACACUAAAAGAAACAAAUGAGGACUUUGGACACCAAGGCACCAAAAUAUGAGUUUUCUUGAGUCUCUGCAUCCAAAUAAAACAUCAAAUGUACAUCUUCUGUGAUCUAUUUUAUAUUUGGCCUUUCUUUUCAAAUAUUCUUGCUAUUUAGCAUCACAUUGUUAAAUCCAACUACAGUUUAGUAUUUUAAAAAUAUAUUUUGCUCUAAUUAUGUCAGGAGGGACUCGAUAAAAUGUUCUGCUGUUCAACCAGUUUUUAGUUUAAAAAGGUUAAAGGUGACAAAAAAGAUAAUUUACAACAUGUGUUGUUGGCAAAUUGUUCUUUAUUUGAUAAACAUUCAAAAAGUUAUUCGAUUUAUGACGUUAUUAAAUUUGUAUUUUUACAAUAGUCUACCUUCUGCUGUCAUGUUUUUAGAAUAUUUUCAUUCUGAUAAUGAAAGGUUACAAGUUUAUGAUGAGGUGGUACUUUUAUUUCAAUUACAAACGUUUUAUGUAAAACUCAUAUGAUUUGAUUAGAAAACAUUUUGUAGAAAUGUUUAUUGGAACCACUGAGCCUCUUUUGUUUGUUGUUUUGGGUUUUUUAUUUCAUUUCAGUACUAUAACUACUGAAUACUUUCCGACUUGCAGAUUCCGAUUUUUGCUGAUACCUUUAUUUUUUCUAAAAUGUUGAUAAAUAUAGUAAGAAAGUUUCUGAGUUGGCAACAAUGGGGUGACUAUCGAUAACUGCAACAUGCAGACAUGACCUGGUGAAUCUCUCAGCAGCAGCAGACAGUGGCUGAUUUUUAAACCUUUGCUGAGGUAAAUAAUAUCAGGAGAUAAAAUUAACUUCACAUGUGAGCGUCGGCUGAAUUAAGGAAAUCAGCACAAAUAAAUCGGAUGGCUGAUAAAUCGGUGCAUCCUUAUUUUUUAUUUGCAAUCAAUAAAAUGCUUCUAAAUGUUUAUUUACCCUAAAUUUAUGAUCAAGAAAACUUAUUCCCAAUUUAGGAAAUGGAAACUGUUUAGAGUCCUUAAAAAAUCGAAUAUAGAAUGUAUAAGUAUGUAAAAUUACAUGUGUUUAACAAGUCUUCAGCUCUGAAUUCUGUGUUUGGGUUAUUAUGGUAUAAAAAAUUAUAACAUAAUUAACAAGUUAAAGAUAAUGGGGAAGAUGUUGAAUAAACAGAGUUUCUGCCUCUAAAUAGUAGAAUCUACACUAAAUCUGCCUAAUCUAUGUACAUUCAAGUGGAAAACAUUAUUUAAUUGAUUUUCUUUAAAAUUGUAACUCAACAAAUAUUAGACUGUUUGCCUCCAAGAAAUGUUUUUGUUCACUUUGUUCAGACUGAUUGCAUCUAGUUUUACCCUCUCUGUUUUUAUAUGUAUGC